AUGUCCCUUACGGCCAAGCAAGCGUUUGAAAAGUUGCCAAGCAAGUUGGCAAACUUCUUCCAGAAGUAUCCACCGGCUCCAUUCAGAACCUACGCGGCAGAACAGACCUCCACCGAUGCCGAAAACGCUAAUCCGUUCUUCCCCAACCGUCACCCGGUCACCAACACCGUGCACGAUCCUAAGUACUCGCUCAGACGUGCGGCAGACUUGUGGAAGCUUGCCCACAAGUUCGGGAUCAGCGACAUGUUACCGCCAUUGCAGGGUGACAGAAAAUUCUAUGACGAAAAGUACGAGACCAAGACCUUGUUGAGAGGUGCGUACGUCCAAAAGUUGAGAGUCCACCAGAGAUCCAAGCCUGCGAGACAGGCCAAGGUUGAGGCUGGUUUGAAGGCUGCUGACGACAAGAUCGCAGCCUCGAGAGGGAAGAAGCACUACAAGAGAAUGGAGGAGAAUGCUGAGAAGAAGAAGCAGUUGUGGUGA